UGUGUAUGUGUGUUUAUGUAUUUGUUAAAUGAUAGUCUGUUAAGUGGUUACUUGCUUAAUUUUAAAUUGUCAAUUUUAUUUACGUUCUGUUUCUUCACAAUUUUCCUAGGAUACCACAGUCGGGUAAUAUUACAAUAGCAACGGUGCACUGCCAGCGGCUAGCAACUUUUAACAAACGUCAAGAUCUUUAAAAUUAUUAUAAACAAAAACAAUACUCUAUUAUUUGUUUGCAGGACACUCAUUUUAUACAUGAAAACGAACCAUUCAUUGAAUCCCAGUGAGGAUACAAAUGUGUUUUUAAUUCAUAUUUGUCAAAUCCAAGAGGUGUCUGCAUACUUUUUAACAACAAUUUUGAAUUCAAAAUUUUAAGAGAAAAAAAGGACACAGAUGGUAAAUUACUUGCAUUGGAUCUAAUCAUUGAAGAAAACAAAGUAACACUUAUUAAUAUAUAUGGGCCUAAUAUUGACACCCAUAGUUUUUAUGAAAAUACAAGAGACAUUUUCUUAGAAUUUGACAAUGAUUAUUUCAUACUGUGUGGUGAUUUUAAUCUAACUCUAAAUCCUUCGCUUGAUACUUGUAAUUACACUGGAAUUAAUAACCAUAGGGCUCGUAGUAAAGUCUUAGAAAUUAUGGAAGAUUUGCAACUUAUCGAUUAUUUUAGAGUUCUAAAUCCAGAUAAAAAACUUUACACAUGGCGCAAGAAAAAUCCUUUGAAACAAAGACGUCUUGAUAUUUUUCUUAUUUCUGAUAAUCUUUCAAAUUUAAUUGAAAACUGUUCUAUUAAGCCGGGUUACAGGUCUGAUCACUCCAUUGUUUUGCUUGAGAUAAAAUUUAAUCCCUUCACCAAAGGGUGUGGGCUUUGGAAGUUUAACAAUUCUCUCCUGUCAGACAAAGAAUAUGUAAUAAAAGUUCAAGAAACUAUUCAGUCAGUUAGUAAACAAUAUCUAGAUAAUAUAGAGAGUUGUGCUUUUCAAUGUAAAAAUGGUAUUGAUGAAAGUCUUUUUUUUUUGAGGUGUUAAUGAUGGAAAUAAGGGGGAUGACUAUUUCUUAUUCAACAUAUAGAAAAAAGAUUUCAAGGCAGAGAGAGAGCAAAAACUGAUUAUUAAGCAAGAGUUCUCAAUUGACAAUAUUAUCGCAUUAAUACAGUAAAAAAGAAGAUAUUUUCAACCAAACCAUCGAGCCAUAAAGCACCGUCCGAAAAAUCAAGCAAAAAGGACAAAAAUGAAGUUACAGGACCGCAUUACGGGAAAGAUCACCGGCUUGUUGUCUGCCGUGCGAGAUGGGCGGUCCAAGGGGAAGUCACUAGACUCACCGGAAGUGUGCGAACCCCUGCAAGAACUGGCAAAUGAAAUUGGACACAUCAUGUUAUCGGAAUUGAAGUUGUCUGAGAAGUUUGAACUCGGUAAUAAACGUUGUGUUGAUGUUUUAAAAGAGGAAACUCUGGUGGACGAUAUGAUUGAUUUCUGUCUGCAGAACAAAAACACACUUUCCCCUAUUUCGGACGAGGAAAAAGUAAUGUGGACUUUCUUCAUGGCUGGAACUAUAUUUAGCUCUGAUUUAUCUCGGAAACUGUCCAAGUCAAAACUGUUAGAAUAUGGUAAAGAUAUUCUUGAAGCUACGCAUGAUUCAUACGAGAGUAAAUGGCCGACGUUGAGUCGAGGAUCAAUACUGGGUUUAAUUUCUCACACCACACACAACAUGUGCACGUUUUGUGACGUCACAAUAACUGACGUCAGGGCGGCGGGAUAUCUUCCCGUUUUCUUGAAAUACCUGGAAAGCGACGUUGUCAAAAAUGACCUUCGGCUAAGGAUCCCGAUAUUGGCUGCUGCAAGUGACGUCAUGAAUGAACAUGACGCAAGCAUGGCGGGAAGCCGUGAUGACGUGGAAUACAUGAUAUGUGGCAUUGAGGAGGCCAUUCGAUGCGUGUCGGGCCAGUUCAAUGGCUGGUUCGCCUUUGAACUAGCAAAGAUUAUUGGUAAUCUCGCAAUAUUUGAUUCAAACAAGAAACUUUUAGUGGAGUAUGGAGUAUUGGAGCCACUUAUUAAACUUGCAAAACAAUCUGAGGAAAUCGAGCAAAUCACUGCCACAAAGACAUUAGCACAUCUGGCUUUCGACGACGAAAACAAGAAGACCUUUGUGUCCGACACACAGACAGACGUGGUGACCACUCUGUUUGACCUGGCUAGGUCGUCCCGUUACCCGGAUGUACGGGGGUCAGCCAAGGGUGUCCUAUGGACGUUGUCUGAACAACUUCAUUCCUCUACCAAAUAUGCAGACCUGGUUCAAGAACUUUUUGGAAAGAAAACAAAAGGUCACGUGAUGAUCAGUUAUUCUCGGGAACAGCGCCCUCUGUUGUUAAGGAUAAAACAAGCCAUUACAGAGGCGGGAUUUAGUGUAUGGAUGGACAUCGAACAAAUGCGAGAGAAUGUGUACGACCGAAUGGCAGAGGCCAUUCAGGACGCCUCGGUCGUUUUGAUUUCCAUGUCUUACAGCUACCAGAGGAGCGAAUACUGCAGAAGAGAGGCUGCGUACGCAUCCUCCUUGAAAAAGGACCGGAUUCCGUUACUGGUAGACCCGGGCUUUACAGCAGACGGAUGGCUAGCUCUGAUGACGGCGGGAGAUUACCACUACGACUUUGUCAGGAAACCUUUCGAGACCAAAAUAGUGGAACUAAUCAAGGAACUUGAGCGAAGAUGUGUGAAGAGUCCUGGAGAUACAACAGACGGGGUCAGUAAGCAGGUUGACUCAACUCAGCAGUCACCGCACGCCGUGUCGUCUCACGGCCUACCCGGUUAUAACGUACCGUCCGCUCACGGACAGAUUUAUAGCUCCUCUCCACUUACUCACGCAAAGGAAUCGGUGCAAUGCAAGAAACACUCAAAGAGGUGGAAGAAAUUUUCAAAACUGAACCAGGAGCAAUUUAUGGUUUGGCUAGAAAAGCAACACUUACCACGAGAUAUAUUCGAAAGUUAUAGAGCCAAGGACAUUGUAUUCUUUGCACAAAUGAAGGAAGAGUCGCCGGAUAAUUACUAUAAACACGUGAUGAAACUCUCCAAGACCAAAAACAAAGUCGAGGCUUUCAAAAUGGCGGCCGAUUUCACCAAGUCAUUAGAACAUCUCAAGAUUACCAAGAAAGAAAGCUGAACAUCUUUGAAUUAAGCAUUACAAACUUACAAUCUGUCUGUGUCAAUGUAAUCAAAAUUCAGUAAUUAUUUCUUUAGUGUGUAAAAUGCGAUAUCAUUGUUUUUUGCUAAAAAUUAAAUGGUUCAAACGAUAAUAAAUGUCUUUUUAGGAGUUGAAAUGUUAUAUCUUCAUUCUGAGUAAUAAACAAAUUAAAAAGGUCAA